GGCGCGCGGGGCGGGGCCUAAGGCGGCGAGGGCGGCGGCACCAGCUGCAGCGGCAGUCGGGACCUAGACAUCUGGGACUGUUGUUCUCUCGCGGCGGGACUGCUUCGGUCUGUGCGCGUAGAAAGAGACCCGGAGCUGGGCUGGUGGGGAGCGAGCUGCCGCAUCUCCCCUCUCGCCUGCUUCCCCGAAGCUGCAUCAGGAGCUGUCUCUGACGCCUGCGGUCGAUCUCCGAUGCCCGUCAGUGAGGAGGGGGCGUCGGAACCCUGGUGAGCGCACCUCAGGCCCCCCAACACCGUGUCUUCGCAGGCCCCCCAGGCCUGCACACCCAGUCUGGCUGCCAUGGCUGAAAAUGCAGAGGGGGACUUGAACUCCAACCUGCUCCAUGCUCCCUACCACACCGGGGACCCUCAGCUGGACACGGCCAUCGGGCAGUGGCUCCGUUGGGAUAAGAAUCCCAAAACAAAAGAGCAAAUUGAAAAUCUGUUACGAAAUGGGAUGAACAAGGAGCUGCGAGAUCGUCUUUGUUGCCGAAUGACUUUUGGGACUGCAGGACUUCGUUCUGCUAUGGGGGCAGGAUUUUGCUAUAUCAAUGAUCUUACAGUAAUACAGUCAACACAGGGAAUGUACAAAUACCUUGAGAGAUGUUUUUCAGACUUCAAGCAGAGAGGCUUUGUCGUUGGGUAUGACACCCGGGGUCAAGUAACUAGCAGCUGCAGCAGCCAGAGGCUUGCUAAACUCACUGCUGCUGUCUUACUGGCCAAAGAUGUUCCUGUGUACCUUUUUUCAAGAUAUGUUCCUACACCUUUUGUACCAUAUGCAGUCCAGGAGCUCAAAGCAGUUGCGGGUGUGAUGAUCACCGCAUCUCAUAACCGCAAAGAGGACAACGGUUACAAGGUUUAUUGGGAAACUGGUGCUCAGAUCACAUCUCCUCAUGAUAAAGAAAUUCUGAAAUGUAUAGAAGAAUGUGUGGAACCCUGGAAUGGUUCCUGGAAUGAUAAUUUGGUCGAUACCAGCCCACUGAAGAGAGACCCUCUGCAGGACAUUUGCAGGAGAUACAUGGAAGAUCUCAAAAAGAUCUGUUUUCACAGGGGAUUAAACUCAAAGACCACGUUGAAAUUUGUACAUACAUCUUUUCAUGGGGUUGGACAUGACUAUGUGCAGUUGGCUUUUCAAGUGUUUGGUUUUAAGCCUCCAAUUCCAGUACCAGAACAAAAAGAUCCCGAUCCAGACUUUUCUACUGUUAAAUGCCCAAAUCCUGAAGAAGGAGAAUCUGUGCUGGAACUUUCUUUGAGGCUGGCAGAGAAAGAAAAUGCCCGAGUAGUGCUAGCCACAGAUCCUGAUGCAGACAGAUUGGCAGUGGCAGAACUUCAGGAGAAUGGUCACUGGAAAGUUUUCACAGGGAAUGAAUUGGCAGCUUUGUUUGGGUGGUGGAUGUUUGAUUGCUGGAAGAAAAAUAAAUCACCAAAUGCUGAUGUGAAGAACAUUUAUAUGUUAGCCACUACAGUCUCUUCCAAAAUUUUAAAGGCAAUUGCACUUAAAGAAGGAUUUCAUUUUGAAGAAACAUUACCAGGUUUUAAAUGGAUUGGAAGUAGGAUAAAAGACCUCCUGGAAAAUGGGAAUGAAGUCCUUUUUGCAUUUGAAGAGUCUAUUGGUUUUCUCUGUGGAACUUCAGUUUUGGAUAAAGAUGGGGUGAGCGCAGCUGCUGUUGUAGCUGAGAUGGCAUCCUACCUGGAAACCAUGAGUGUAACAUUGAAGCAGCAACUGAUUAAGGUUUAUGAAAAAUACGGUUAUCAUAUUUCAAAAACUUCAUAUUUCUUGUGUUAUGAUCCAACUACUAUCAAAAGUAUAUUUGAAAGGCUUCGUAAUUUUGAUUCUCCAAAAGAAUAUCCAAAAUUUUGUGGGACGUUUGCUGUACUGCACAUACGGGACAUUACCACUGGGUAUGACAGCAGCCAGCCGAGGAAGAAAUCAGUGCUGCCUGUGAGUAAGAACAGCCAAAUGAUUACAUUUACUUUUCAAAAUGGUUGUGUUGCUACUCUUCGGACAAGCGGGACAGAACCGAAGAUCAAGUAUUAUGCAGAGAUGUGUGCAUCCCCUGAGCAGAGUGACACUGCCUUACUACAAGAGGAAUUGAAGAAACUCAUUGCAGCUUUGAUUGAGAAUUUUCUUGAGCCCAAUAAAAAUGGAUUGAUCUGGCGUUCUGUUUAGUGUUCACCAGUUCAUCUUUGCACAGGCAUAUGGCAUAUGGAUCAGAACAACCAAGAACUCCAUGCACUGAACUCAUAUUAGCCUUCUCUCUCUUCCUUAACUUGACAAGUAUCUUUCUCCUUCUAUUUUGUUUCUUUUUGGUUCACUGACUAAACUGUAAAAAUUUGAAAUGAAGUGGCCUGAAAGAAAUGACUCAAUUUUUUCAUAAUCUUGAACAAAAGUCAUUACAUCAAAAGUACCACGAUAACACAUUGUUCUUCCUUUAACAGAGACAAAACAAUACAAAAGUGAGUUUUCUUAUUAAAGGAUGAUUAAGCUUAAUUCCAUAUUCUUGUAAUUGUGUAUAGCAUGGUUUUAAACUAAGACAGAUAAAUGUUAUGUAACUGUAGAGUUCAGAAACUUAAUCCAUAAAAUUGGCAAGAAAAGAGAGGCACUGCUCCCAGAAUACUGUGGGAAAGUGUCGUUAUGACAUCUCAGCUAUUAACUUGCAAAUUAGAGUGUUUGAAAUAGGGUAUUUAGGAUUUCUAGCUUAGAAUAGAUGUUACAGUACGUGUUUUCAGUGCCUCUGUUUUUCAGGUGUUUUUGGUACAGUGUCAGUGUGUUGUAUGAACUUAAAAUCCCAAUGUUUACUGGAUAGAAAACAAUCGUGGCAACACUCCUAGUGGCUUUGUUCUUGUCAAAUUUCUCAGUGCCUUUCUCAAGGUAUGGUAUGAAUUGAAAACAGUGUUCCUGCAUUGAUUAUAAUUUAAUCAGUUAAUUUUCAGACAAUUAAGGAAAAAUCUUCCAAACUAUAUAGGUGCUUCCCUCUAUAUCAAAUAGGUUUGCUGAUUUUAAAAUCUUACGAAUGUAAAUAAAAAUCUUAAUAAAAGCAGGCUCAAAGUAACUGUUAAGGAUCUUCAUGUUAGAAUUAAGAGUCAGUUAUAACAGCCUUUAAGUAAAGAAAAAAAUCUGAACUGAGAAAGGAGCUCUGAAUUUAUUUAAAAGUCUUACUUUUGAAACAUUUUUAUAAGUAGAUUUAUUUCUUUACCAGAUGAAGUAAUGCUAAUUUGACUAAGAAAUAAAACAUCCAGAUUUUAUGUGUUAUGAAACACUAAAACUACGUGUUCUAAAAACUGAAGUCCAGUUUUAUCCUAACAUCUUUCUGGCUUCUGUAGAACUUCUGAUCAGGAAAAAAAAAAUUGGAAUGUCACUUUUUUUGGUUGAUUCCGCAGUUUUCUAAAAAAAGACUUAGUAGACAAGUGCUAUCUUCUUAAAGUAUAUCCUGUCCUAUAUAGCUCACAGAAUUCUUAAAUACAUGUGCUACAGCUAAGGUGUAACAAUGACAAGCAAGCCCUUGGAUAUAAUUAUACUAAACAAAUUGCCUAUGGGAGAUAACUGAUAGUACAGAAUUUAUUUCCUAAAAUAAUAAUAUAAAAUUUGAACUGAUUAUUAUAUAUAUAUAUUAAAUCAUGGUUUGGCUAGUAGUAGCUAUCAGCUAACAUUUGGUUGAACCCAUAUAAUCCAAAUAUAAUUUUCAAAUUAUUGUAUUGCCACUAUUGUUAAUUUGUUCCUUCUUUACUUUCUUAUGGCUGGAUCUUGUAUGACUCUAGAUAAUAGCUAGCUAAAUGUAGAGCACCAUAUUUCUGAAUGAGUUUGUUUUCAAAGGCUUUGCACUGAAAAAGAAAUGUGUUGAAUUUUUUGCUUUAUUUGCUUUUAGGAAUGUAGAUUGUAAUUUAGGAAAUGGCCUAUAUUCUUCAAAAUGGUAUGAACAAUGCUAUAUAUAAAUAUGUGUAUUUAUUGUUAUCGUCUGUGUUUCAGUGACUGAAGAACAAAGUGGAGCUAAAAUGAUGCACUAGCCCAAUUCCUAAUCACUAAAGCCAUGUCAUGAUUGUCAUUCUAUGAUGAAGAGAAUAGUUUUGAGUGCUUUAAUAUAAUGCAAUAUUCAAAUCAUCUUAAUCAAGGUGAAGAGUUAUUAAAGCUUGGAUUCUAAUUUCAAAAAAAUGAAAAAAUCCAAAGUAAAAGUUAACAAAAUUUUACAAAUGUUCCUGAAGUAUGAAAAUUGAGGGAAUUAUUUGAUUCUAGCCAAGCUCUCAAGUCUGUAAGACUGUGAUAUUUAACAUGAGAUUGACACAGUGGGUGUAUAUUUGCCUAACAAGGAUAAAUUCAGUAACCCAAGCCAACCAGGAGAGACAGAAGCUCUGGCCAGUAGUCUCAGCCUGGGCUCUUCACAUUGUUUCUUUUUCUUUAUGAAUAAUGUCAUGGAAAUGUAUUCAUUCUCACUGAGUGUAUAGAUCAAAACUGGGAUUUUUCCAGAACUUACAGGAAAAGGAAGGAGUUAGUGGGGCAAGAUCAAAGCAUACAUUGGAAAUAAAUAGUAGAAAGAAACAAUGGGAAGGUUCCUAAGACAGCAUACGAAAUGCUUCUUGUGAAGGGCACAAUUUUCACCUUAAAAGCAGGGAAUAAGCUGGCUGUGGGCAAGUUGCUUACUUGUGUGUGUUUGUUGUUAUGAUGAGCAGACUGAACCUUUUGUUUUUCUUUACUACUGACUACCAAAAAGGGGACAAGUUUUAGGAGGUGAGGAAAGCACCCCUCAGACUGAUUCAUUUCCUGCUGGGAUGUUACUAUCUUUUAGGAUCAUAUGGGAACCGAGGAGGGAAAGAUAUAGCAGAAAUAAAAAGGGAUAAAAUACAGAUUAGAAAAUAAGACCUCUGAGAAAAAGUUCAAAGAAUUAAGCAUUUAACUUUGGAGGGAAGAAAAAUAUUGAGAUAGUUUAAUAGGUUGAUUGAGUCUUUUAUUGAAGGAGUAUGAUGAGCUGUUAUUCAUCUCCAGCAAGGAUGGAAAAAGGGAAUAAGGAUCACUUUUAAAAAAUAAAAUGAAAGUUUUAAAUAUGAGAGAUAUAUUAACUAGCUUUUUAAGGUUCCUUCCAGUACUUUUUUUUAAAACUCAGGUUGGAACAAAGAUGAUGUCAUAAAGAGCACUGAAAGUAGUAUUUGAGUUUUACUCCAUAUCUAAAAAAUUAAGCCCACAAGGUAGUUUUUGUGUAUGUUGAGUAGUAGAUGCAUGAGUGCAGUCUAUUCAGUGCAUGAAGACCUGCUUGGAUGUUAUUUUUAACUUAAGCCGGCAAGUUAAGUGAGACUUGAACAUAAUUUUGUUCAUCUUAAAGAAUGUAUGGCAUUAGAGGACAUUUGAGGAUUUUGUUUUAAAUAUGAAGUGUUGUUAUUUGGACAUAGUAACUUCAGCAAACAGAGAAGUUGUAAGAGGUUGGAGACUUUGGAAUAUCUUCAUAUAGGAAAUAUGCUUCCUAUUAAGCAGGUUGCUUCUAGAAGUGAUGUAACAAAGAUAUUAGCUGGAGUUUAAUGAAGAAAUUGUUCUAUGAACUGCUGCUAUUAUUUCUUUCAAAUGUUUUCCACUGAUGUUUGUGAUGCUUGAAAAAUCCAAAUUCUUCUUGGAUGAAUUUAUUUUAUGCUUUUGUCUCUUUCUCUCUACCUCCCUCUUUUCCUAGGUUCCCUUCGACAUUUUGUUACUGUGAAAAGCUAUUGCCCUUGUUACCUCACUGAUAAGAAAUCUGAACUGUAUUCAUUCAGAAUGCUUUAAACUUAUUCAUAAACUGUCUAUCGACUUCUGGUUGUUUUGUUGUUAUUGUGAGAAUAAGACAUUGUAAGAAGUAAUUUUAAUCUAUUAUUGCAUAACCUUUUUGGUCUGUCUGUAUACUACAUGUUAAUUUAUUAUGGCCUUUUAUAGUUCACUUGUUUUCUGAGAUUGCUCUAGAAACUGAUGGGCAUCAUACUAACCAAAAUGAAUUGUCAGUUUGAUCUAGCAUUUUAUUUCAGGUUUCCUUGUACUUUGGGCAUCCGAAAGCACAAGAUUUGAGGACAUCUUUUUACACAUUUAUCACUCACAGCAUCUUACCAUAAGCCAUGAGAAGUCUAAGUGGAAAGAAGAGAGAGAAUCUCUCAUUGUCUGACUAUUUAUAUAGCAUGACUUUAGCUACUCUUUAUACAGCUUGACUUAGUUCUAGUUGGAAACAAAGUUAGCAUUUGCUAUUGGUUACUUUAAAAUAUUCACCACAUUGUUAACAUUCAUUAAGCCAUCUUUUCUCUUUGUUAGUUCAAGGCAACAUAGCUAAAAGAAGAGAACAUACAAAAAUGAGUAAGUGACCAAGGUAAGGGCAAAAUAACAUAUCUCGAGUUUGCUUCUCAAAGUUUUCCACCAGUAUAAUCCUAAAGCAAAGGAGCAUGACUGUGUAGGGGAAGGAGCCUGAGAGCAAAAUCAGAAGCAGCGUACCACUCAUGACAUUUCAUGUUGUGUCUUAAAAAUGUGAGUGAACUUUGCAUUCUCCAUAAUAAAACUUUUAAUAUAAAAUAAUUCCUUCAAUCAUCAUGGUAAGUGGUGCUGCCAGACAGGAGCCCACUGUUUAUCAUAUGGCCUCUCAAUUUUCUCCUCCAGCUCCUUUCAAUUGCUGCAUAUCCCUUUGUGGUACAUACACACACACACCCUAGUGUAGGACGCAUCUAGGAUAUUCUCUGCCCCUUAGAAGCUGAACUUUGAAAGCAUUAAUGCCAAAUUAAACUAACCUUGAAAAGUUAUAUGUACUGAACCUUAUAAUACAGUCAGAGGUGUUGCCCAGUGUGUUCUCUUUAAUUCAUUGGCCUUCCUUGACUAAAAUGAAGCACCUGACUGUCUGCACCCUGAGAGCAGGGAUCAUAGUUUAUUAUUUUUCAUAUCCACACCACCCAGUACAGUACCAUUAUAGAGUUCUUAUUUGAUGACAAUAGGAAGUAAGGGAUUUUAUUUUAAAGAGGCAAAUAGUUUAAGAAACAAUCAAAAACAUUAAUUUUCUAAUUCUAUUUGUAAAACAAUUCUAAUUACUGAAAUUUAUAAUAAGUAAAUGUUAAGCAUGCACACUCUCAAAUACUCAGUUUCUUUGGACAGAGCAAAGCAUAUUCCUAUUGGAAAUUAUAUAUAACAUCUAGUAUCUACACUCAAAACAAGAUGUUAGCCACGAAGGCUAAGAAAAUGUCUAUGUAGACUAAUUAUUACUAGUAUAAGUGACAUGUAGAACCUAAUAGUGCUACCUUCCAAGUGAGCCACAACUAAUUUGAUACUAUUUGGUAUAUUUUUGUCCAGUGUUACGAUUCAUCAUGUAUCUUAGAAGAGCCACUCAAGCAAGAGUCUGUAUCUAUAUAUGGUGAGGCCUUCCUGUUAUAGACUAAAAUAAACUCUUUGUAUUUAUAAUUAAAUAUGUCUGAUAAAUGCAGUUAAGAGUGAAUUAUUUUUCUGACUGUGUAGCAGUAGUUCAAAAUUGUGCCCUUGUUUUAAUAGUUUCUGUCAACACCUUGUCAUUUUUCCCUAAAAAAAAAAGCCAGGGUGUAUCAUAAAUAUUGCCUGUGAGAAUUUGCACUUUAAGUAUUUGUGUGUGGAUUUCUUGUGGUUUUAGCUAAAUGAAGUAUUAUCCAUAAUAAACAGGUCCCUUCAUA